CGCCCCUCUCCGGCAGCCGCGGCGCCUCAGUCCCGCUCCCGCCAUGCCUGAACAACUCUGCGUCGCCGAGUUUCUGGCCGUCACCGCGGAGGACCUCAGCUCUCCGGCCGGGGCCGCCGCCUUCGCCGCCAAGAUGCCUCGAUACCGGGGGGCGGCGCUGGCGCGGGAGGAGAUCCUGGAAGGAGACCAGGCCAUCCUGCAGAGGAUCAAGAAGGCCAUCCGGGUGAUCCACAGCUCCGGCCUUGGCCAUGUGGAGAAUGAGGAACAGUACCAAGAGGCUGUGGAGUCCUUGGGCAACAGUCACCUUUCCCAGAGCAGCCAUGAGCUGUCCACAGGCUUCCUGAACUUGGCUGUGUUCACCCGUGAGGUGGCUGCGCUCUUCAAGAACUUGGUGAGGCCCCUCCUUCCCUGCUCGUUCCUCCCCCAGGCUCAGGGGAUGGGAGGUCAGGUCAGACACCGGGAGGACUCCAAAAAGCAACUGGAGAAGGCAUGGAAGGACUACGAGGCCAAAGUGGCCAGGUUGGAGAAGGAACGGGACCGGGCCCGGGUGCCCGGGGCCGUCCCCGGGGAGUUGGCCCAGGAUACACAGCGAGAGCGGCGUGUCUUCCAGUUGCAUAUGUGUGAGUACCUGCUCAAAGCCGGAGAGAGUCAAAUGAAGCAAGGUCCUGACUUUCUUCAGAGCCUCAUCAAGUUCUUCCACGCCCAGCACAACUUUUUCCAAGAUGGCUGGAAGGCAGCCCAGAGCCUGUCCCCUUUCAUCGAGAAGCUGGCAGCCUCAGUCCAUACACUGCAACAGACCCAGGAGGAAGAGCUACACAAACUGACCCAACUCCGGGACUCCCUCCGAAGGAUGCUGCAGCUAGAGAGCAGAGAGGAGCAUCCAAGCAGGAAGAACUCAGGGGGCUACAGCAUCCACCAGCACCAAGGCAACAAGCAAUUUGGGACAGAGAAAGUGGGCUUCCUGUACAAGAAAAGUGACGGGAUUCGAAGAGUCUGGCAGAAAAGGAAGUGUGGAGUCAAGUAUGGCUGCCUGACCAUGUCACACAGCACGAUCAACCGGCCCCCCGUGAAGCUGACCCUGUUGACAUGCCAAGUGAGGCCAAACCCUGAAGAGAAAAAGUGCUUUGACCUGGUGACCCACAACCGGACAUACCACUUCCAGGCAGAGGAUGAGCACGAGUGUGAGGCGUGGGUGUCUGUGCUGCAGAACAGCAAGGACGAGGCUCUGAGCAGUGCCUUCCUUGAGGAGCCGAGCGUUGGCCCAGGGUCCUAUGGGGGCUCGGGGCUGGAUGGGGAGCCCCAGUACCUCACAAAGCUGCUCAUCGCUGAGGUGAAGAGCAGGCCCGGGAAUAGCCAGUGCUGCGACUGUCGGGCUCCAGACCCCACCUGGCUCAGUACCAACCUGGGCGUGCUCACCUGCAUCCACUGCUCCGGAGUUCACCGCGAGCUAGGCGUGCGCUUCUCCCGCAUGCAGUCUCUCUCCUUGGACCUGCUGUGCCCCACGGAGUUGCUGCUGGCUUUGAACAUAGGAAACAUGCGCUUCAAUGAGGUCAUGGAGGCCCAGCUGCCUUCCCACGGUGGACCCAAGCCCUCUGCCGAGAGUGACAUGAGUGCCCGCAGGGACUACAUUGUGGCCAAGUAUGUGGAACACAGGUUUGCCCGCCGGUCCACCCCAGAGCCCCAGAGACUCUGGACGGCGAUCUGCAACAGGGACCUCCUGUCGGUACUGGAGGCCUUUGCCAACGGGCAGGACUUCGGACAGCCACUGCCAGGGCCUGAUGGCCAGGCACCUGAACUUGCCCUGCACUUGGCUGUCAGAGUCGCCAACCAGGCCUCCCUGCCCACCGUGGACUUCAUCAUCCAGAAUUGCGGCCACCUGGAUGCCAAGGCCACAGACGGGAACACUGCCCUGCACUUCGCCGCCCUCCAUGGCCAGCCCGACUGCCUCAAGCUGCUGCUGAAAGGGAGAGCUCCAGUGGGUACAGUGAAUGAGGCAGGAGAGACAGCUCUGGACAUAGCCAGGAAGAAGCAGCACAAAGAGUGCGAGGAGCUGCUGGAGCAGGCACAGGAGGGGACCCUGGCCUUCCCCCUGCACGUGGACUACCCGUGGGGACUUUCCACAGAACCUGGCUCUGACAGCGAGGAGGAGGAGGAGGAGAAGCGCUGUUCUCUGAAGCCCCCAGCCCAUGCCUGCAGGGCUAGAGGGAAGCUGGAUAUCACCAACAAGACCUAUGAGACUAUCACCAGCCUGGAACCAGCUGCCCCUCAGAGCCAGAACGAGGACAGCCCCCCACCCUUGCCCAUCAAAAUCUCUUCUCGGACCAUGGUCCCAGGGCACCUGGGACAUGCCAGUGGAGAUCGGUCUGGCAUCCCCAGCCUGAGUUCAGAGCCCUCUGAGGCCUCUGAGAGUCGGGACAGUCCAGCCACCUCCUCUUCCAUCCUCACAAGCCCCGUGGAACCUGGAGGACCCAGCCAAUCCCUGCCCGGCCUGGAGGAAGGCCUCCAGGAAUCACCAGGCACCUCCCAGUCAAUCCUGGCAUCUGGUACCACCCCUGCUGAGGUGCAUCUCCCCAUCAGGUUCAGGGGCUCCGGGCACCAGGAUGACGUCGGCCUUUUUCUGCCUUCCAGCUCUGAGAGCACCCGUUCCUAUCGGCGGGGUGGCCGGAGCCCCGAAGACUGUCCCUCUGCCCAACAACCUCUUCCCAGAAAGAAUAUUCCGGCUGCCUUCAUUGAAGGAGACGGCUCCAAGACUGGGGUUCUCGCGCCAAGUUCCCUGCAACUUUUUCAAGACUAGCUCCUCGCUGACCCCUGCAUGAUCCCUGCUGGACCCUAACGUUCAGAGCUGGGAUUUGAGCCCACAUGACUGACAUGGGAGUCGAGACAUCCAUCCCCUUGGGUCUUACUCCCUCUGUCCCUCAUGUCUUUGUGGCCUUCCUGGCGUGGACCAUGCCCUGCCAAAGACACUGGCCCUUCCAUGUUGGGGCCAAUGGUAGUUCUUUGCCUCUAUCUCAUUACAUACAGCAAUAGGGCUGACCCUCCACCGUCCACUUCCCAAUCAGGGGCUGUGCCAGCCCAGACGCUGUCUUCUGGGCUAUACACUGGUCUGGCGUUCCUUUAUUGAAUUCCAGCUUUCUGUGUAGCCCUGGAUUGGGAUCCUGAUGCCAAGCUGCUCUCAGGAAACUGGCUUGAAAUUGGGCAGGGCCUGAACCUGAGGGUGGUUCUGGGCUGUAGGGCAGGACCUCCAAUCAGCUGGCUUCCUCUCUGCACUUAUGAGCAGCCCAUUCUUAUUCUAAUCGACCAGUGCCCAUGUCCUGGACAGCCAGUGAGGCUGUCAAAGCAUACAGCCUUCUUGGGAUCUGUACAGGAAGUAGACCAUAACUCACCCAAGUUGGCCUCACUCCUUGAUUUAGCAGGAUGGGAAGAAGUGGUCUGGGUUGAUGGAUCCCAUUUCUUCCUUUUGGUCAGCUGUGGAGCCCUCCAGUCUGGGGGCAGUGAGGGGCUGAGAAAAGAGGGUGGUAGGGCUGAGACUUGAAGUUGCUGCUUCAAGGGGCUGGCAGUUCAACCACUGCUCAGUCCCAAUCACGAAGAUGAUCCUGAGCCAUCACCAACCACCAGCAUCUCGACUUCACAGCCACUAGGUGCUAGGCCCCAUAAGAAUGGGUCUGGCCAAGCACGAGAGACCAGAGGGCACUGCGGGGCCAGCACCACAGUCCGGUGGGAAGCUGGGCUUUCCUCAGGAUGCCUGACUCUGUGUCCCACAGAAGCAGGGUUACGUUCUGAGCCCCCAGAGUCUGCCUUCAUUCAUCUCAGACAUGUUACUUCCCUCAUCUCUAAUAAAAGAUUUGUGGGGUUUCUUUCA